ACAAAAACCCAAAACGCCUUCACGUUUUCGAGAAUUUGCAUUUUGCACGACGUGAGACCUGAAACACAGCCAGGCUGCUUCGGGUGGCUGAUCAAACCCCACGGACAGUUUUCAGGAGAGGAGCGACUGUCGGGCCCCCCCCCCCCCCGCGCCAGGUGUAUGUUGGCCCGGCGCCCGCGCAACACGGACGAGCGGAAAAAAGAAAAAACCCGGUGGCUUCGUGCGGGCAGAAAAUGUCCCUACAGGUGUUUAACGUGCGUCUUGGAACCGCGCUGGCAUUUGUUUCUGCCGUGGUGUUUCCGCCGCUGCUGCCAUGUACCGCAACAUGCCAGAUGGGAAAUCAAAAUGAUUAUACGGAGGGGCACUGCCCUGUGAAACUGGCCGCAGUCCUGUCCCUGGAGCCUUGGGGGAUGUACUCCUACUGUGUCACUCUCCAUGUUUGGAUGAAGGUUGAUGACCACAGUAAGGCCUCAAAGAUUGAAAUUCUCUCGCCGUUCAAAGAGAUAAUUAGGGGUUCCAUGAGAAAAAGGAAAAACAAAAAGUGUAAGAAGGUAAAAAAUCCAGGUGGAAAAAGAACCAGGUUUGACCAGGAGUUGCCACGUAGCAAUACCAGUCUUGCCUUGUGGGAGCGUGUAUGUGAUUGUGUCGAGGCUGAAGCGAAUAGUAUUUUUUCUGUGUCCUACAGCACGACAUCAACAAGCUGCAUUGUCAAUUGCACAGUGCCAGAAACUCCCGUACCAAAGUUUGAUCUGUCUGUGAAUCGGUCGUCUAAAUCCAUCACUGUUAAUGUGGAGCCAGGAGAUAAAGUGCAUACCAGAUGGUGUUACCAAAAAACCGAAGUGGACUGCAUUGGCGGGUCACUUUCCCCCCUAAUUACUAUUGAUCCGUCACAGUCUCGGUCAGCUGUUCUUAACCUCCCUUACCUGCUGCCCUGUGUGUGUGUACAGGUAUAUUAUACCCACAUAGAUUCCCGGCGACAUAUAAUGUGUCCUUUUCAAAAAGAAAGGCUCCUAGACGUCGGCGAAGUUUGGCGCUCCUCUGACGUCAAGCCGUAUGAGGACAGUUUGAAGUGGAGCUCAGUGUGUCCUGCCAGCAACCUGAAGAUCUCCGCCUCCCUCUGCUGGAAGCAAGAUGAACACCUCUGCACACCUGUGCUCAACUCCACACUGGAAGAGAAGGAGGAUGGACCAAACCUGAUAUAUAACACAUCUACAGUGGACAAACACCCUAAGAUGUGUGUGCGGUUUUCUCUUCAAGGCCAACAUAUGGUCUCUUGCCCCUUCCUGGCUGAUAUAUCCUCGUGGGAGGUGUAUACUGGACCGGGCAUGCAGAGUGUCUUUGUAUAUCUCACCUCUGUUGUCCCAGCAAUGUUCUCAGCUCAACUUUGUGUUGUUAACGAGAUGGGAUGUUCACCCAUAGGGCCGGUCCACACACUAAGAAUGGAGGGGAAAACCAAGGAGACAAGGAUAAAUGUGCCUCAUAACUUUCUCCCUUUGAAACCCUGUGUGCAGGUGUGGCAGUCAGAUCCUGCUCGUCAUGGAAGACGAAUUCUGUGCCUAGACUACACACACAACAGAUAUGGCAUAUAUGCAGUGGCAGCUUUGAUACUUGUUGUUCUUAUUGCAUUACUGGGAAUUUUCAUCCGCUGUCGUACUACAACAGGAGCGGCAGGCCGGCUGUAUGUCCAGAAGCCAGUGUUGCUGGUGUGCUCAUCAGAGCAGUCAGCCCAUGUCUCUGCUGCGUGUGCAUUAGCCUCAAUACUUCAGGGGGAGCUAAGUGCCACAGUGCACAUGGCUCUGUGGGCCCAGAGCUCACAAAGGCAGACCGAGGCCAGGAAGGGAGUGGCAGAUCUGGGUCCGCUUCCCUGGCUGUACGGGCAGUGGGAAUCCGUGUGUAAGGCACAAGGAAAAGUGCUAAUUAUCUGGAGUCCUGAGGCCAAGACGACCUAUCAGAAAUGGAAGGAGGAAAGGACAAACGUGGAUAAGAAUGAGAGAAAGAAGAAAGAUGACGGCAAAGCAGAUGUGAGAUAUGAGAAAAUAAGAGUAGAUGGGGAAGAGGAUUAUAAACUAAAUGGAAGAAGACUGGCAAAAUGCAAAAAAGAGAAAGCUGCAGGAGGAAAAGAAUGUGUUAAAUUAUGUGAUGAUAAAGACUGGUACCCACAGAUGGAAUCCUCUUCAGUGAUAGCACCAGUGUUUGCAGCUGCUCUGGGCUGCCUGCAGGGGAGGCUGCAGCAGUGCAAAGGUCAAGGGGUUGCCAUUGUUUAUUUUAAGGGCCUUGGUCACAGCAGGGACAUCCCAAAAGCCCUCAGAGGUGUGCCUCGGUACUGCUUACCGCAGGAUUUCAGGGGUUUAAUACAGCAGCUGGGAGGGAUGAAAAGAGGGACACAAACUGGUAUAUUUAGGUGGCACUGCUGGGCCAGACUCCUGUUUAAAGUGCAGUCAAUAUGGCUGGCACGACAGCUAGCCCACAGACUACAAACACUGCUGCCUCAGACGCAAGCAAAGAAGAUGCAAGGGCUGAGGGUCACGUCAUCACUGUAAAAGCUAUCAGAUAAGACACAGAGUAGGCUCACAUUGCCACUGGCUGCCAACAUGGCAGGGCCCGAAACUGUACAAGAGCAAGAGCCUCUCCAUGGGUCACCAUGGAGAGCAGAGGCGCUUUACUCUCAAGUUUCGCGUGUCUUAUGGGGACAGACUUUUGUUCUGCUGGGAACAUGAUAUGUAUAUUGAAAUGGGAGCUGGUGUUCCAUUGUGAGCACCUCAGAGCCAAAAACUUGGUAACAACAAUUCAUGUAAAAAAUGCCACCAUUUUUUUUGCAUAUUAAGAAGAGAUAAAUGCUCCAUCUGCUUCCUGCAUUUCACUUCGGACAGACGCUCUUUAUGCUGCUUUCAUGACUGAGGCCUUAUUGAACACCUGUCCUAUCGCUGUAAAUACGCUGGCCACCAUGAAAAUCUGAUCGCAAAUUGUUCCUCCCCUUCUGCAUGAGUGAAUUUCAUGUUUGAAAGUGUUGUGACAGCACAGGUGACAAACUGUAUGACUGCUGUUCACAGGAACUCGCAAGUUUGCAUAAGACCUUCUACAGACAGACGUUGAGCCAAAGCUGUCCAAGGAUUUCCAGUGUAAGAGUGCAACAGAUGAUAAAUAUUUGCACAUAUACUGCCUCCUGUAAUCAAGAACAAAGUAUAAAAUCACCCUCCCCCUCGUCAUACUGCACUUCUUUAUUCAGCAAACAUCACUGAACAUUACAUGAAAAAAGUGUCUUACCUCAGCGACUUUGCUGAGAGCUCCAAACAGAGAGAAGAAGUUUCCCAGAUCUUUGUUAAUUUCAGGAAUUCCGUCAAGUUCAACAGUAAAACUUCAUGCAAAGCAACUUUAAAUGGCAAACUCAGAUCUUACCAGGAUCUACACACAAAUUCGAUUUCAACCUUCAAGUAUUUUUUCAGCGUCACUGUCUCCUCAAUUUUUUUUUUCUUGCUGAAUGUUGAGAUACUAGUCUAACACUGUUGGAUUUGUACAUUUUUGUAUGGCAAAUAGUAAAAACAUGCUUUUGAUUUAAAAAAUAUCCAUUCAUGAAAUAACUGAUUGUAUUAACAAAGAAUGUCUGAGGCAAUAUUUCUUUUACAUUACUGAAAUCUGGUUUUUCAGCACUCAGAAUCUCUGUUUCAUAAGCUUCAUGUUUCAAACACUGGAACAAACCAUUUUGCCCUGAAACAUCAAGUUCAACACGUAAAGGUUAGUCUCAUGUCGGGAGCGUAACAUACUGCGAUGUGACACUGAACUCACCCAGACAUUUCCCACUUUCACUAAGCUGACAUGAUGUAAAUGAAGGUGUAGUGCAUACUAAAUGAAUAGGGUAGAUUAAUACAAGAAUACAGUCAUAACAUGGAUAAAAAAGAUUUUAUGCAGCUGAUACAGUCAACUGAAUUUAAGUGUAUAUGAAGACAGAAUCCCCCAGUAAACCAGGCCAGUGCAGGAAUA